AUGACCCUACCACACCCUUCCUCGCCCGGGACGCUCGGCGACUCCCACACUGCCUCGCCCUCGACCCUCACCGAGACCCAAGUCAUCCUCGGCUUCCACACCCUCCUCAAGGCCGCCCUCACCCAGGCAAAGGCAGACGGCCUCAUCAGCCAGGACGACCUCGCCUACCUCCACCCCGCAGCCAACCGCGCAGAUCCAUCGCAGCCCGCCGCGCAACCACCACCGCACGCCAUAGACGUCGAGGUCUCCGGCCCAGCCCUCUGCCUCUUCUUCGCCGCCCUCCGCGCCAGGGGCGACCCUCCGCAGAUCGAGUUCCCGUACCCGCAGGGCGCCGCCGACCGCGACCUCGUCCUGUCCGAGCACACAUGCCCGCCCUCGUUCCUCCCCUUUUUCCGCGUGUGGCAGAAUACUGUCCUGCCCAUCCAGUACCUCUCGGCCGAACACCGCUACGACCUCGCACUCCUCCUCACCGAAAACGAACCCGUCUCCAGCCCCGUCCGCGUAGACGUCGUCGCCAUAUCCAACGAUCUCAAGAGGGUCGCAAUCGACAUUGCACAGCGGCGGAGCUUCCAGCUGCGCUUCUCGACCGAUCUGCAGCACGCUCUCGACUCGGCCGUCCGCUCCCGGCCCGCCUCUGUCGAAGUGGGCAGGGCCUCCUCCGAUGGCCACAGUGGUUCGACGGCUGAGCCCCCUCGGUCAUCUCAGGACUCGACCCACACCAGGUACCAGCCACCGCCUUCAUACGACGCCGACGACUUUGCCAGCGAGCGCCACAACCAUUCUGUCGCGCCUCCGCAAGGCUCCUCCUCUGCUACCGGCGCCAAGCCGCAACAGCCGCCUCGACCGCACAGGCCAUCCUCAUCCUCGUCCUCGUCCGCGGCUGCGACCGGACCCUCCACGCCGCAGCCCUGCAGCCAGACGAUAGAGACGCUUUCCCUGAUCCGAGAGACGCUCUUCUCGGCCCUCGGCGACUGCUUUGCCCUCUAUCCCUCGUUGCGCGAGAUCGUAUCGAGGUCCCUCCCCGACGCGACUCAAGGACAACAACAGGCGCACCUCAACGAGUGGUCCUCGAGGGCCUGCUUCGCGUGCCUGUGCCUUGCCAUCCUCGAAGUGGCCCUGACCCGUUUGAGCCUGGAAGCCCCGGACCCGGCGAAUCCGGGAGCGAUCCCAGAGGGCAGCAUCAAGACGGUCCAGGUAUCCCAAUCUCCACCACAGCUGCUUCGAGCCGCUACUUGCCCGCCACAGCUGGUGCCCCUGCUCCGGGCUUUUAUCGCCAUCGGCGCUGGCCUGUUCGAGCUCAAGAACCUCGACGACGAGGCUGCCAUCGCCGCAGUGCAAAAGGCGGACAGAGGCGGGCAGGGGCCCGACCAGUCGUCGAUGCCGCAACCUCAGAUCGACAGGCUAAGACGGAUGCUCCAGACGGGCGAAACGACGGCGCGAUCCGUGGCGGAAACGAGGAGCGACCAGAAGGUCGGAUCGCCCCUCGAGCCGUUGCAGGCGGCGGCGGCCAAGGCGGACAGCCUCGGCCUGGCCAUCAACCAGAUGGCCAUGCAGAUCUUCCGUCUUCCCGGCUUUCAGGAGCGCCUGUCGAGCGCCAUCGGCGUGCUCACGUCGAUCCACAGCGUAUGA